AAAAAAAUAAUAAAUCCAAGGAAAAGAUAACCAGAUAAUGGAUCGGAAUUAUUGGGCUCGCUUGCGUGUAUACUUAUGCAUACAGCUAGUCGCUCUGCCAAUUUAUGGUAACCAUGACAACAUAAUACGCUUGCUACACUUUACUUGUUUUGAUUUGGGCAUAAACAUCGUAUACAAAUGGCUAUCCAUAUAUGGACAAAGAACAAACUUGAUAUCCAGUGGCGAUGAUUCGCAUCGAAAAUGCGGGAUAAAAUGAAACAGGGUCAGUUAAUGUCCUGGGCCAAUCGUGAACCAUUUCAAAAAUCCUUCAAGAUUACGAAAAUCCUCCACAAUUACGAAAUCCCUUUACUUUAUCUUCACUAAGAUUACAAUGGAUAACCGAAGGAGAAAGGUGAGACCCAAAAUAGCCCCUGGCGACCGUAGCAAACUCCGGCCGCCGUCACCCAAGCAAAGAAGAUCAAAUGGACGACGAAAAAGCGAAGCAAGCGAUGCACAGGGUAUAAACUCUUUAUCAAAAAGCGAAUCUAGCAUACCAAGUUUAGUACUUAAACGGAGAUCCAGUUUUAAAGACGUUCCAUCUUUGUUGUCAAGCGAUAAUGACUUUCAAGGACCGAGAGUGCAAACGUAUUCCGUUUUAGAAAAUAACGACUCAGACGAAGAGGAAGAGCCCGGUUCCUCACAAGAAACCACAGCAUCUGGCAAGGACAGCCAAACAACUUUACAAGAUCCAAAGCUUAAAAGCAAAGAUGAAAUAACCAAAUCGGCAAACAAAGCUCUAUUGGUUUACUUUGCCAAGUUGUCUAGCUCAAUUGAUCUGUGUGACAAAGUGAAUUUCGAGUAUUUGCAGUCGCUGUUGGACAAGGGAGCUGAUGUAAAUACCAGAGAUAAACAUGGGCAGACCAUACUACAUGAGGCUGCACGGAGCUGGGGAGUAGAUACAGCGAGAUUCCUCAUCCAAAAAGGUGCGAAUAUCAACGCCCCUGAUGUGUAUGGCCGCUGUCCACUCCAUUCAGCCUGUAUCGCGGACUACCCUGAGAUGGUGCAGUAUCUACUAGACAGCGGUGCCGACGUGAACGCUGCAACCGUGACGGAGGAUCAGACAGCAUUGCACUACAUAGCGCGCGUAGACGCGAAAAGAUGUGCCAAGAUACUGCUCGCUAGCGGCGCAGACAUAGAGCAGCAAGAUUACAAGAACCGCACCCCGCUACUGAUUGCGGCCGAGUACAAUAGCGAAGAGACGGCGCGAGUCUUGCUGGAAGAGGGGGCUUCUCCCGUCUCUCAAGACAGCAGUGGUCACCAGACCAUGACGUCACUAAUCCAAAAAAUGCCAAACGUGGCCCUGAAAGCGUUGGACUACUUUCAUUACAUCGAUCGAUCUCGCCGAAAACACUACUUCUACAUCAAUUAUCUCGACCGCACCACCCCAGAGAGCAAAGACAAGGAUGCCGCGAGUACGCACGCGCAGACCGCACUCUCAGCAGUAGUUGAGGGCGGGUACCAUGAACUUGUUAUGCACCCAGUAUUCCAGAAAUUGAUCGACGUCAAAUGGAUAAGGUUUGGACGCAAGCAGGCAUGGCUAGAGAUCAUCCCAAACGCCCUUUUGACGCUCUUGUACACCAUUUUAGCUGUUACCUACCCAAGUGACAUUACGCAGUACUACAGUAACAUUACCAAAACGUGGUGGAGGGUUGUACUGGAGGUCUUUAUUCUGUUGCUCAUUGGGAAUGAGAUCAGGAAGGAAAUUACGGAGAUUUAUAGCUCGAGGAAGACCACGAAUCUCUGGAAGAGUAAGCGGAUCGAGGAGCUCCGCCGAGACCUGGAAUUCUGCCAUCCUAAGCACCCACAAGAGACUCUACACAUUGAACAGGAGAUCAGGCGAACUAGACGUGUGGGGAAGAGGUACUUUAAGGACAAGUGGAACUACUUUGACUGGGUUGCAUACGUGAUGGUUGUACUUGUGUUCUGUGUGCACUACACCAACACAGUUCUCAAGAGCGAAGUCUUCAACAAUGCGUUUAUUAGCGUGAUGGCGUUUAGUGUGAUCGUAUUGUGGAUAAGACUACUAAAGUACGCACGGCCCUUCCCUAAUCAAGGUCCAUUUGUUGUCAUGCUGGAUCCAAUUAUUAAGGAAUCCGCCAAGUGGCUCUUCCUUUUCGCGAUGUUCUUUAUUCCAUACGCCGCUGCCUUUUGGAUGAUAUUUGGUGGCCAAUCGGACCACCCUAUCGAAGAGUAUAGUGAUGUAGGUAAACUCAUUUAUACAGUGUCCCAGAUUAGCUUACUUUUAGACUUCCAGUUUACCGCUUUGUCGCGUGCAUCCCCGAUAGUGUCUCGCUUGCUUGUUGGCUCAUAUUUACUUAUCAGCUCAGUGGUUCUUAUGAACCUGUACAUUGCACUGUUGACUAAUACCUUUCAGCAGGUUUUUGACAACGCGCUGGCCGUAGCGACCAUAGAGCGCGCAGCACUCAUGCAGUCCCUUGAGACGUUCGCAUCUAAGAAUUCAAUUCGACAGUACAGAUACCUACUACGAGUUGAGUGUUGCCCGCUUGAGUGUGAUUACCAAAAGAUUGACACUGACGAAGAUCGGGAGCAGAAACAGGAGGAAAAGCUAUCCUUGAUGUUUGGUAUCAUCAGGGAUCGUUUCGGUGGAAAGAAAGUUGGCUCCAAGAAGAAAUCUGACUUUGAAAAAGUCGUUGAUCAUCUUGAGUUUGUUCGUCAAGCGCAGGCUGAAAUGCAGCUUUCUGUUAAUAGACUUCUUCAGAAAGAAGUCAAAGACCCAGAAGAGUUUACAAAUUCUGUUCUGAAAAGUCUAAAGGAUAUUAGAAGUGUCCAAGAGUCCAACACAGCCAUGCUGAAGGCAAUGAGUGAGAGAUUGGAUCAGCUCGAGAAUGUUUAUGAGAUGGUGAAUGCCAUCACGGCGGAUAGAGGGAAUAAUGGAAGGCAAAAUGAGGAAGAAGAACACGAAGGGCCAGGGACAGAAGGCGACAAUAGAACUGAGUUUCUGUCAAACACGAACAAGAAGGCAGCUUGGGACGAUACUGUUGAAGACUUAUGAUCAGGUGCCCAAUCAUCAAUCACAGCUCCUUAUGUCAAUGGUUAUCUUCACUUGGGAUGGAAUAAAAUAUUUUUAUUGAAUAAAACAAUAUUUUAUUAA